AUAUAACACACACACACACACACAUUGAUUUAUCGAAAAGAAUCGAAACAAAAAAAAACAACUGGUCCGUUCAUAAACAGAAUUACUUCGAAUUGAAAGAAAAAUUCGAAUCUUUUUCAUUUUUAAAAUUUGUAAAAUUUAAAAUUAUUCAUUCAGGACCUUCAUUGAAAUUCGAAGUAAAAUGGCUGAUUACGAAACGAUUGAAUCAAGUGAUGGACAGAAAAAAUUAAAACAAAUUCUCGAUAAUUAUCAAGGUGAUCGAAGAUCAAUCAAUGGACGUCGUGGUUGUGGUUUUGAUACAUCCGUUCUAUUAAAUUAUCGAAAAUAUUUAAAACAUAAAAUUCGAUCAUUGGAAAGUGUGAAUAAAUCAUCUACAUUAUAUUAUGAAUUGCCAAUGCACAAUGGACUCUCAUUGGUCACAAUGAAAUCACCAAAUAUGUCUGAUCAAUCAGAUAAAAUAUCAAAAUCUAAAUCAAAACGACGAACAAAUUCCAGUCAAUCUUCGAAAAACUACAGCAAACAUAAUGUGACAUCAUUAUCCUCAAAAUAUUCAAUGAUUCCUUCACAGCUAAAUGAAUAUUUGCAAUCAAACUUUAACCGAUCGGUUCAUAAAAAACCUAAUCAAAAUUAUUAUCAUCGUGAUCAGAAAAAUUCGGAAGCUUUGUAUUUCAAUAAUAGCCAACAACAACAAUCAAAUUUUCCAACAUUUAGUACAUUCUCAAUAGCAGAUAUCAAUCAUCAUAAUCAAGAAAUGAUGAAAAACAAUAAUUCCAAAAAGUUUGAUCGAAUCAUUAUUAAUGAUCAAGAUUAUCCAUAUUUUUAGCUAUAUUUAUGACAAUGAAAGGCGAUUAAUUUAUUUCAUUUAAAUCUUAAGAUCCUGAUAUAGACGAUAUUUUUCAUAUUGAUUUUCGUUGAAUCAAA